AUGAACGACGACCCUCUCCCAGCCGACUUUUUUGACUUGAUCGGCGGCACGUACACUGGGGGCCUUAUUGCUCUUCUACUCGGACGCCUGCGCCUUUCGGUGCCACAGGCAAGGCGGGAAUACGUCAAGAUCGCAAAUGAGGUCUUCUCUAUCAAAAGGUUCUUCGACAAGUCCAAGUUCGACGGGAAAGCGUUGGAAAUGGCCGUGAAGCAGGUUCUCCAGAAGACGCUUGGUCCUGGGCGCGAGUCGGAAAGAAUGCUGGAUCGCGCCAAACCCGCCUGCGGCGUGUUCGUGUCCGCUGUCUUACAGCAAGAUGCCCAGGCUCGGGCCGGCCCGACCCUCUUCCGAACAUACAAAGUACGCGAACAUGCCACAUACGACUGCACAAUCUGGGAAGCGAGUCGUGCCACGUCGGCCGCGCCCGCGUAUUUUGAUGCCAUUGCUAUUGGGGAGUCGGGCGAGGAGGAGGUUUAUGUUGAUGGCGGGCUCGGGUACAACAACCCCAUCGAACAGGUGCUCGAGGAAGCGCGACGACAGUUUCCCCGGCGCAAGGUGGCUUGUAUUGUCAGCAUUGGAGCGGGCCUCGCUCGCGAGAUCCGGUUCCCCGACACACCCAAGACAAAUUGGUCGAAUCUGGUCCACGCGCUGAAGAAGAUGGCCACGGAGUCGGAUACAACCGCCGAGCGCGUCCAGGCGCGGUACCGCGAGGCGCACGACACGUACUUCCGCUUCAGCGUCGACCGUGGUCUCGACAACAUCGACCUGGCCGAGUGUGAAAAGAUUUCCAAUGUGCGAACCUAUACGACUGGCUAUAUGCGCCAAACGGUGGUGUCCGCCCAAAUCGACUCCGUUGUCCGGGCCUUACUAGCAUCGAAGGCGGAGCCAGGUCCAGAUGCAUCCACAUCCAUGAUCCCUGUCUCGACUCCCACGUCGACUUCUGUCUCUGGGGCGGCCGGUUCUCAGAGACCGCCGCAGAUGCUUCCCUGGACUUCCACUGGUGAAACAACGACCGACAUCCAUUACAAAGUCGAAGACGUUGUUCCCACGACAAAGGUUCGUGCCUGGUCGGUCCCAUUCGAAAAGAACCCAGACUUCACGGGCCGCGAGUCGGAAUUCAAAAAGCUUCGUGACGCUCUUUUCACAAAGGAGGAGCAGACAGCCAAGGUGGCCGUCGCCGGCCUGGGUGGGAUCGGCAAGACACAGCUGGUACUAGCCAUGGCCUAUCAUAUACGAGACGAAUUCAAGGACUGUUGUGUCUUGUGGAUGCCCUGCACUAGCCGAGAAAGCAUCGAAAAGGCCUUUGCCGUUGCCGCCAAGGAGCUCAACAUACCCGGCGCCGAGAGCGACAAGGCGGACACAAAGGCACUCGUACGGGACCACUUGAGUAAAGAGAGUGCAGGCCGGUGGCUCUUGGUGUUUGACAACGCCGACGACAUCAGCAUAUGGUUUAACCAGUCGGCCGGGGAGUCUGGCCGCCUGAUUGAUUAUCUCCCCAAAAGUCAGCACGGAUCCAUCAUAUUUACGACGCGUGUUAAGAAGGAGGCAGUACGACUUACAGGCCGGAACAUAAUCGAAAUGUCAGCAAUGGACGAAGACGGCGGCAAGCAGUUGUUACGAAAUUACUUACUUGAUAAGGACCUCGUCGACAACCGAGAAGAUACAGCGGCCUUGCUUGCGCGGCUCACGUACCUCCCGCUGGCCAUUGUUCAAGCCGCGGCAUACAUCAACGCGAACGACAUCAGCCUACGAGACUAUCUGCCACUCCUCAACGAGCAAGAAGAGGAGGUGAUUGAUCUCCUGAGCGAGGAUUUUGAAGACGAAUGGAGAUAUCGCGACGUGCAGAACCCAGUGGCCACAACCUGGCUUGUAUCCUUCGCGCAGGUCCGGCAGCGCGACCCUCUUGCAGCGGACUACUUAUCCUUUAUGGCUUGCAUAGAUGCAAAAGACAUCCCGCCGUCGCUUCUUCCGCCCGGCCCGUCACAGAAGAAAGUGACAGACGCGAUGGGUACCUUGCAAGGCUACUCGUUCGGCCGGUGGGACGAGGCCGAAAAGCUGGAUGUGCAAGUGAUGGAGACUCGCCGGUGGGACGAGGCCGAGAAGUUGGAGGUGCAGGUAAUGGAGACGAGUAUGGAGAAGCUCGGGGCCGACCAUUAUAAUACAAUAUUGAGUAUGAGCAGCCUUGCGUCGACGUUUUGGAAUCAGGGUCGGUUGGACGAGGCCGAGAAGCUUGAGGUGCAGGUAAUGGAGACUCGUAAGCGGAUACUCGGGGCUGAUCAUCCCUACACGUUAACGAGUAUCGCCGACCUUGCGUUGACGAUUGGGGAUCAAGGCCGGUGGGACGAGGCCGAGAAGUUGGAGGUGCAAGUGAUGGAGAUGAGUAAGACGAUACUCGGGGCCGACCAUCCCGAAACGUUAGGCACAAUGCCGUGA